AUGACUAAACGUAAAAACUACAAUACACAACUUUUGGCAUUAGGUGUUUUAAUACCUGAAUUACAUUAUGGACGACAUGCGCGUGAAUGGUGGGUUUCUAUGACAGGUACAAAUUUGAUUGACAAUGGUCUUUUUCCACUUCGAGUUGGGCAAAAAAUUGCAGUUGAACUAAAUGGAAGACAAUUUAUUACUCGAAUAAUUCAUGAAAAUAAUAUUCCUAAUUACUGUCAUGACAAAAAAACAAUUAUACAAGAGCUACUUUUGGAAAUCCCUUUUCACCCUUUUAAAGUUGAAUAUAAUAAACAUCAAAUUUGUCUUGGAACUUCAAAAUAUCCUGAUUUUUUUGGAGCUGACUCUGCUCCUGAAGAAUAUAACCUACAUGAUAUUUAG